GUUCCUUUAAUCGCAGAUGAUAUAGACAUUUCUCCGUGGAAGAAUCUGCUGUUAAAAUUCGCUCAAGUGCACGUUUGUUUGGAGCAUUUGUAUCGCGCGGAAACUUGCUUGAGGCUUGACUUUUCAAGUCUAAAGCCAAUAGCGUCCCAGCUACUGAACGUGUACGCGUCGAACAAGUCACCCGUGAAGAGCGUCGCCAAUCUGAUCAGAUUGCCUGUACGGAAAUUCUCCAUGACCAUUGCCAACAACGAUGUUUUGUAUCACUUAAAAAAACCGGCGCUCUGGUAUCGCAUAGAAAUAUGUCAAAAUAAAAAAGCCCAGGAGGUGGACACUAAUCGACAUUCGAAACUGGUUUAUGUGCUAUCGCAACACCCCGUCUUCUCCCCUUCAGUAUGGCAGAAUCUGGCUAUGCUGAUGACAUGGUGCUGCUGGCGCCAUCGAUCAGUGCAUUGAGAAAACUAAUUGGAG